AUGGAUGAAGCAUACAAGAGACAAGCUGAAUGGUUUCACCAUGGAGAGGUUAGGUCUGUUUCUGUGCCAGAAGGUGAAGAUAGAGUUUGGAACUCUGAGAUUCUGGGUUUAUACGAAGCUGCACACUGUUUGGAUGAAGAAUUAGCUAGUAAGAGUUUAGAUGUAGGUGAGGUUGCUGAGGGAGAAGACAGAAAAGAAGACGAGUUUUUAGCAAAGCUUGCUGAAGCCGAGAUGCCAUUGUAUCCUACGUGUGUGAGCCACAGCAAGCUAUCAGGUAUAGUGUCAUUGUUCAGGAUCAAGACUCAGAACGGGUGGUCAGACAAGAGCUUCAACGACUUGCUUGAGGCGUUGCCAACCAUGUUGCCAGAAGACAAUGUGAUGCAUACAUCGACAUACGACAUGAAGAAGUUCCUGAAAUCUUUUGAUAUGGGAUAUCAAAAGAUACAUGCCUGUGUGAACGACUGUUGUUUGUUCAGAAAGAAACUCAAGAAAGUCGACACCUGUCCAAAGUGCAAGGCCUCGAGGUGGAAGACUAACCUGCAUACUGGUGAAGUAAAGAAGGGUGUUCCACAGAAAGUGCUUAGGUAUUUUCCUAUAAUCCCUCGUCUGAAAAGGAUGUUUAGAUCAGAAAAGUUGGCCUUGGAUUUGAGAUGGCAUUUCACUGGGAAAAGCACAGACGGGAAAUUGCGUCAUCCGGUUGACUCGCCUACUUGGUCUUCUGUGGAUGCGAAAUAUCCUUCUUUCGCGGCUGAGCAGAGGAACAUGCGGCUUGGCCUUUCUACAGAUGGGUUUAAUCCCUUCAGCAUGAAGAGCAGUAGAUACUCCAGUUGGCCAGUUCUAUUAGUCAACUACAACAUGGCGCCUGACCAAUGUAUGAGAGAGGAGAACAUCAUGCUCAGUCUUCUCAUACCUGGACCGCAUCAACCUGGUAAUAGUAUAGAUGUUUAUUUAGAACCCUUGAUAGAGGAUUUGGUUAAGUUGUGGGAUGUAGGUGAGUUAACUUAUGAUGCUAUUAGUAAAACGACUUUCAAUCUUAGGGCAAUGCUUCUUUGGACAAUUAGUGACUUCCCAGCGUAUGGGAAUCUGGCUGGUUGUAAAGUUAAGGGUAAAAUGGGUUGUCCUAUUUGUGGUAAGUACACGGAUAGCUUGUGGCUGGCUAAUAGUAGGAAGCAUGUAUACAUGUGCCAUAGGAAAGGGUUGUCUCCGUCACAUAGUUUUCGAGUUAAAAAGACAUGGUUUGAUGGUAAAACAGAACAUGGGACAAGGGGAAGGAUACUUACGGGUCGAAAUGUGUCUUCACUCCUGAAAUCUUACAAGAAUGAUUUUGGGAAUAGGAAGGAGAGUGGAAAAAAGAGACAGAGAGCUGCACGUGUUGAAACACAUUCUGAUAAUGAAGAUGAAGCAAGCGCAUCCGAGGAAGAAGAAGAAGAAGAAGCAAAAGACGAGGAGGGAUUAUCGAGAUGGAAAAAACGAUCAAUCUUCUUCAGACUGCCUUACUGGGAGGAGCUUCCGGUACGACAUAACCUAGAUAUCAUGCAUGUGGAAAAGAAUGUGGCUGCAAGCUUGAUUGCUACUUUGCUACACUGUGGAAAUUCGAAAGAUGGUCUCAAAGCAAGGAAGGAUCUAGAGACUCUUGGAAUCAGAAAGGAGCUACAUGCAAAAGCUCACGGGAAAAGGACAUUGCUACCUGCGGCUCCUUGGUCUUUGUCAAAGUCCGAGAAGAGAACAUUUUGUAAGCGGCUUUAUGACUUCAAGGGUCCAGACGGGUACUGCUCUAACAUAUCAAGUUGUGUCUCACUAGACGAGUGUAAGGUGAUGGGUCUGAAGUCGCAUGAUUAUCACGUUCUCAUGCAGCAGCUGCUACCAGUUGCGGUUAGAGGUUUACUACCUAAGGGUCCAAGGUUGGCAAUCUUCAGGCUUUGCGCUUUCUUCAAUCUGCUUUGCCAACGUGUGAUUGAUGUGGAGCAACUACAAGUAAUGGAAACUGAAAUAGUAGAGACUUUAUGCAUGUUUGAAAGGUUUUGGCCACCUAGUUUCUUCGACAUUAUGGUACACUUGUGUGUGCAUCUGGGAAGGGAAGCUCGCCUAGGUGGACCUGUCCAUUUCAGGUGGAUGUAUCCAUUUGAGAGGUACAUGAAAGUUUUAAAGGAUUACGUAAGAAACACAGCAAGACCAGAGGGAUGCAUAGCCGAGUCCUAUUUAGCAGAAGAAUGCAUGAGGUUCUGCUCAGAUUUCUUGAAGAAGACGACGAAUGUGGAAGAGAAAGACGAAAGAAACACUGAAGCCCCAAGCACAACUUCUUUGAAUAAAUCCAAACUCCUAAACUGGCUAUCUAAUGAUGAAGAACCUGUUGCUGAAGGCCGCUGGCAAACACGUGAUCCCAAGGCUUUGGUAAAUGGCCUACCUCUAGGACCAAAAGCAAUAAAGGUUUUUGUUGAUGCGGUUAUAGACCCAGAUACGUUCCUUUGGAGGCCAACAGAAGAAUUUUCAUACCUUCACGAGUCUUUGAAGACAUUUGUAGCGUGGCCAGUGGGUCGAGUUUUGUUCGAUGAUCUUAACACAGAGGCAACAGCAUCUCCUCGAGCGCAGCCACAAUUACUUACUCCACCAGCUCCUGUUAAAAGUUCAAAACCAGCUUCACAGUCUACUAUGUCAGGCUCCCCUCAACAGAUUUCUCCAACACGGCUUGGAAAGGAAGAACGGAAGUGUAAACUGCUGGACAUUUCAGGUGAUAAGAGGAUUGUGGCAGAAGGACGCUGGUCUUCAAAUGACCCAGAAGUGUUGGUUCACUUUGUUCCUUUAGGUGAUAAUGGAGUCCGUGUGUGGGUUGAUGUGGUGAAGGUGAACGAUGCCCUUGUAUGGAGGCUUUCUUCAGCAAUUGAGUGUAUGGAGGAUGCUAUUGGAACCACCAUUGCUUGGCCUAAAGACAAGAUUGUGAUGUUCUGA